GUACUGUAGAUUUCAAAUCCGUCUAUUACAGAAGUGUUCCUAGGCCUUACAACAACAUGGAAAAUUACACUGAGAGCUCCAACAGCACGAACACUAUCAUCCCCAUUCUGAAAAAAACACAUGACGUUUUAGUCGUGGUAAUUCUGGUGUCUAUCAUGUUUGGUAUGGGUUGUUAUACUACUGGUAAACAGUUAUGGAGUCAUAUUAGAAGGCCUGUAAGUUUAAUUAUCGGGAUGAUCUGCCAAUUUGUUAUUAUGCCGUUAACGGGGUUUACUUUAGUGAAAUUACUCUCUAUUUCACCUAUACAUGCCACAGGAGUGUUAAUCGUGUCUACGUGUCCAGGUGGCGCUGUUUCCAAUGUAUUGACUUACUUCUGCUCAGGUGAUGUACCCUUAAGCGUUGCCAUGACAACUUGGUCCACUAUGAUAGCGCUUGGUAUGAUGCCAUUGAACAUAUUUAUGUACGGAAACAACAUAGCAACGGACGAUGUUGUUAUUCCUUACGUCAACAUACUUUUGUCUUUAAUAUACAUCACAUCACCUGUAGCAGCUGGAAUGUUGGUGCGGUGGAAACUUCCAAAAGUAGCUCCCUAUUUUACCAAGAUUGGCAGUACAGUAGGCUUUGCAGGUAUAACAGCUGCUCAAGUGAUGGAGGUGUUUAUUUUUCCCGACUUGUUUGAAGAUAUUACGUGGCAAGUAUAUGUUACCAGCGCUUUACAACCACUUUUGGGAAUUAUUUUUGGUUUUACAAUUAGCUGGUUAAUAAAGCGCCCUUCAUCGACUUGCCGCACUAUUGGAAUAGAAUCGGGAAUUCAAAAUAUUGGGACUGCUCUUACGGUGAUCUCAUUGUCCUUUGAUUUCGAGUUAAUACCAUAUAUUAUCCCACAAUUCACCCUUGUUACCAGGCGUUUCUGGUAA